GAGUACAGUAAUAGUUGGUGUAUUUGAUACAUUACCAUCAAAAUUAAGCAUGAAGAAGCUCGAGGAUUAUGUGAGUGAAAGAAACAAAAUUUUAAAGGAGGAAGCAGACCUUUUUUUGGGGUCAUCCUUAAUACUGACUCAAAACGAAAUUAAGGUAGAUUCUCACAUUAUUAAUCUCAAGAGUGAUGAACUGCAAUUAUCGUACAAAAACAGCCAAAAUUUCCUUCCCAAGAAGCACUUUUUCGAGUCUAAAAAGGAGAUUGAUACUUCGUCGAAAAUCUUCAAAAUUCUAAAGAAGUUACCUAAGGGUCAUUCUCUACACACCCAUUUACUACAAGCAGUUUCUGUAGAUUUCAUCGUGACAAACAUAACAUACAGGGAAGAAGCUUAUGGAAAACAUAUCAAUGGUGAGUUCAAAAUAAGAUUCCUAAAACCAGAUGUUGCGAAAAAAGAAGACUGGGUUUCACUGAAAGAAAUUAGAAAGAAUAAAACGAAUUUCGAUGACUGGCUGAAGCAACAAAUGAGUCUGAUUGUUGAAUCCCCUCGUGAAGCUUAUCCUUCGUUGGAAAUAGUUUGGAAAAAGUUCAGGGCAACAUUUCCCUUGGUCUAUGAGAUUCUAUGUUAUAAACCAGCAUUCGAAGUCUUCUAUUACCAGUGUCUCAAGGAACUCUACGAGGACAAUAUAAUGUAUGGAGAAUUCAGAGCAAUCCCAAUGCCAUUUUAUGACUUGGAUGGAGGUAAUUAUGAAAGUGAGGAUUUUUUCAAAACCAUGUUGGAAGUGGAGGAAAAAUUCAAAAAAGAACAUUGCGAUUUCAUAGGAGCUCGUUAUAUUCAUUCAAUGUAUAGAAGUUUGUCUCUAGAUGAUUUGAAGAAGGAGUUGAAUGAGAUUGUGAUACUGAAGGAAAAAUUUCCGAAGCUCAUUGUUGGACUAGAUUUCGUAGGUUUAGAAGGCGGUGAGAGUCUCCUAAAUUUUCACAAAGAUUUGAUUAGCAUCAGUGAUAAAAUGGAAUUUUUCUUUCACGCCGGUGAAACUAAUUGGUUCGGUCAUACAGACUCGAAUUUAGUUGACGCUAUCCUUAUGAAAACAAAGAGGAUUGGGCAUGGUUUCGCUCUUUCUAAGCACCCCCAACUCAUGAACUUAGUGUUCGACAGGAAUAUUGCAGUCGAACUAUGCCCUAUUUCCAAUCAAGUUCUUCUACUGGUUGAGGACCCAAGGAAUCAUCCGAUUAUUCCUCUGCUGUCGAAGGGGUUUCCUGUAGUGGUAUGUAGUGAUAAUCCUGCAAGUUGGGGGGCAAUCGGACUCAGUUACGAUUGGUAUGUAACCUUUAUGGCAAUGACUCUGAAAAAUUGCGGUUUGAAAGUGUUGAAGCAAUUUGCUUUGAACUCGAUACGAUUCAGUGCUCUCGAUGAUGUUGAUAAGAAUAAGGCGAUGGAUGUGUGGUCUAAACGGUGGAAUUCCUUCGUUUCGGAAAUAUCGGCGGAAAUUCUAAAGUAGUCUCUAGAUAUAUUACCUUCAUGUUCAUCUCUCUCAUAGGUAAAAGGAAAAUUUUCACAAUUUUUUCGAUAUUCAUUGGAUGUCUCGUAUAAUCUCUUCUGAAUUGUAUAUUAUAUUGUUUCAUCUAUUUAGACAUGAUUGUAUUGAUCAGAACUUUUCAAUACAUAUAUGGAAAUCGUGAAUAUAAAUGAAAAACUUUGUGAAAUGUGAUUAAUAAGGGUGGAGUCAGUCAAGAUGAAAAGAAUUAAAGAGUAGAGUUUUCGAGAGAAAACUACCCUUGAAGACUAUUGCAUUUGAAUCUUUAAGUUAUUUAAGAAUGUAAAAUAUUCAAACACCACGAAAAUACAGGUGCUGAAUCUGC